AUGCAUGCCUCUGUCACAGAGGCUGUGGAGUUGGCUUCUUUUCGGCUACGUGAUGUAGCCAUCCUUUGGUAUGAGACAUGGGAGAAAUAUAGAGGACUUGAUGCUCCACCAGCAGAGUGGGAGGACUUUUUUGAGGCCUUCCUUGCCCACUAUUUACCACGGGAAGUUCGAGAGGCCCGUCUUGACCAGUUUUUCAAACUGAAGCAAGGAACCAUGAGUGUGAGGGAUUAUAGCCACAAGUUUAAUUCUUUGGCAAGAUAUGCACCAGAUAUUGUACAUACCAUGAGUGCUAGAGUUCAUCGUUAUGUUGAUGGUUUGGGAGAUCAUUUGAUCAGAGAUUGUAGGGUAGCAUCCCUCUCAGAUGAUGUAGAUAUUUCGCGUAUACAGGUGUUUGCUCAGACUACCAAGGACCUUUCUAAACGGAUUCGUGAUACCUGCAAAGAUAGGAAGCAGAGUAAGAGGGCUCGCACUAUGAGGUCUUAUAGGGAGCCACAUGGUGAUUUUAGGCUCCAUUUCCAUCGAUGUCCACCUCAGCCAACGGGUAGUGAGUCAGAGCUCAGUAAGAUUGACAUGAAAUCUGAGUUGUUGCCACAACCAAUUGAGGUGCCUACACCGGUUGGCGAUUCUAUUUUAGCUAGUCGUGUCUAUCGGGGUUAUACGGUAUUAAUUAAUGAUCGUCCAACCUCCACUGUUUUAGUUGAGUUGAUUAUGCUAGAUUUUGAUGUUAUCAUAAGUAUGGAUUGGUUGGCAGCUUGCUAUGCUAAUAUUGAUUUUCGUGCAAAGAUAGUCCAAUUUUACUUUCCAGGUGACCCAGUUCUUGAGUGGAAGGGUAAUGCAGCCACACCUAAGGGUAAGUUUAUUUCAUACCUUAGGGCUCGGAAGUUGAUUGCUAAAGGUUGCAUAUACCAUAUGGUUCAUGUACAGGAUAUUGAUAAGGAACCCAUGACUCUUCAGUCAAUUCCUAUCGUGAAUGAAUUUCCAAUGGUAUUCCCUGAUGAUCUUCCAGGAAUUCCCCCAGAAAGGGAAAUUGAUUUUGCUAUAGACUUGCUUCCUGAUACGCAACCUAUAUCGAUUCCUCCAUAUAGAAUGGCACCUGCAGAACGAAGAGAAUUGUAG